CCUGAAGCGGUGGUGGUGUGGUGCGUGAGAGGAGAGGGCGGCGAAGCGGUCUCUAGCCCAGCCCCAUCCGUGGCCGGUGAUGGCGGCGGUGCUGUCCCCGCGGGUGUGCGACAGCGACCCAGCCACGCCCGGAGCCCAGUCUUUAAAGGAUGACAUAGAAGAAAAUUCAAAUGAUGGCAGCCAACCAUCUAAAAGGCGCCGCAUGGGCUCAGGAGACAGCUCACGAAGUUGUGAGACUUCAAGUCAAGAUCUUAGUUUUAGUUAUUUUCCAGCUGAAAACCUGAUAGAAUACAAAUGGCCACCUGAUGAAACUGGAGAAUAUUAUAUGCUUCAAGAACAAGUUAGUGAAUACUUGGGGGUAACCUCCUUUAAGCGAAAAUAUCCAGAUUUAGAAAGACGAGAUCUUUCUCACAAAGAGAAACUUUACCUCAGAGAAUUAAAUGUCAUUACGGAAACACAGUGUACUUUAGGUCUAACUGCCUUGCGCAGUGAUGAAGUAAUUGAUCUGAUGAUUAAAGAAUACCCUGCCAAACAUGCAGAGUACUCAGUUAUACUUCAAGAGAAAGAACGUCAACGAAUAACUGACCACUAUAAAGAGUAUUCUCAAUUGCAGCAGCAGAAUACUCAAAAAGUUGAAGCAAGUAAAGUUCCAGAGUAUAUUAAGAAAGCUGCCAAGAAAGCUGCAGAAUUCAACAGCAAUUUAAACCGUGAACGAAUGGAAGAAAGACGGGCCUAUUUUGAUUUACAAACACAUAUUAUCCAGGUGCCUCAAGGAAAAUAUAAAAUCUUACCUACAGAAAGGACAAAAGUUAGCCCUUAUCCAGUGGCUCUCAUACCAGGCCAGUUUCAGGAGUACUAUAAAAGAUACUCUCCUGAUGAACUUCGAUAUUUGCCACUAAAUACAGCUCUUUAUGAGCCCCCCUUAGAUCCAGAUCUGCCAGCGCUGGAUAGUGAUGGAGAGUCAGAUGAUGUAGAAGAGCGAGCAGAUGAAAAGCGGAAAAUCAAAGGCAAUUCGGUAAACCAAAAUGACAACUCAUCUGGCAAUGUGUCUGAAGGUGAAUGCACAGCAGAAAACCAGGAAGAACCUUUGCAGGGAAAACAAAAAACAAGAGAGAGAAAUUCUACUCCAAGAAAAGAGGGUUCCAAACGAUCUGUAUCCAAAUCGGUUCCUGGGUACAAGCCAAAGGUCAUUCCAAAUGCUAUAUGUGGAAUUUGUCUGAAGGGUAAGGAGUCCAACAAGAAAGGGAAGUCUGAAGCACUUAUACACUGCUCCCAAUGUGAAAACAGUGGACAUCCGUCCUGUUUGGAUAUGUCUGCAGAGCUUGUUGCAAUAAUUAAGACCUAUCCUUGGCAAUGUAUGGAGUGUAAAACAUGCAUUAUAUGCGGGCAGCCUCACCAUGAGGAAGAAAUGAUGUUUUGUGAUGUGUGUGAUCGUGGCUAUCAUACAUUUUGUGUGGGGCUUGGUGCUAUCCCUUCAGGUCGCUGGAUUUGUGACUGUUGUGAAAGGCAACCCCCAAUUCCCAGGGCCAGAGGAAGAAGAGGGAAGAACAGCAAAGAAGGAUAACUGCAUAUUAACUUCAUAAAAAUUAGUGCUAAACAUGGUGCUACUCUAUUUACCACUGUACAAGGAAAAACACCACUCAAAAACAGUUUCAUUAAAUAAAAACUUUUUAAUUUUAA